GCAGGCGAACAUUUAUUAGUUUGACUGAAUAACUCUUAGGCAAGUCUAUCUCAAGAUAUAAUUUCUUGUAGAGAGUGGUGAAGGCUGUGUGGUUCUACAACUUUUAUAUACUUCAAUAUUGAACUACCUUUUUAUCUAUAGAUUACAUGAAUUCUCCAGCUAGACCCCACAGAGCGGCUCAGGACCAUCAUUUAAAUAGAAACAAUAAUUAUUCAGAUACCUCCUACUCCAGUUCAGACUUGUGUAGUGCACCAAUCCCCGUGAAUCGACCACUGCCUUUUCCAUUGAAUGGACAGCAGCAGUCUGGGCAAAACGAACACGAAAAUAUCCCCGUAACGGGUUCCGGAUUGGAUCAUUAUUCAAACAGGAGGGGCAUUGAAAUGAGGGGGAAACCUGAUGUCGAGAGAAUAAGAUCUGGAUCCUGGGCCAUUGUACAGAAUUUUAUGGCCAAUUUUUUUGAUAUAGAAGCUUCAGAUGUUCAACGCAUCACAAGUUAUAUUUUCUUCAUUUUCUCUUUUGUUAAUUUUAUCUUCCUAAUUAUCUCGUGCUCACGUUCACAGGUCGACGGAUUGUAUAAUUCGUGUAUGACUUUCUGGGGAUAUAAAUCGAACUGCGAUACAACCAGUUAUACAAUUGAUGUUGACUUACUCAAAUGCAAAAAUGAACGACGGUGGAUGAAAUUUGGCGCUGCUUUUUCUAUACUAGCUAUCAUUUUUUCGGCAGCAUUAUGGUUUAUGAGCUGGAUUUUAUGCUGUUGGGUACACUCUCAGAAACUAAAAAGUAUGCGUUCAGCCCAUAAAGAAGGUCAUGGAGAAAGAGUCCCUUUGGUGAAUUUAGGAAAAACGAGAUGGUAUAUCAUCGGCAUCUUAAUUACUAUUAUAUUGUUUGAAUUUAUUGCAUGGGUCACAAUUACAAGCAUCCGUGAGGGCGGUUUAUGCGUUGAAGUACUUGGGGGCAAACAAACUUCCGGCGUAGGGUUUGAUCUGGGUCUUAUUGCAUGGACCUUAGAAAUGCUCCUAUUACUUUCUAUAGUCUUAUUAAUAUAAGGGGAGGCCUUUGGAAAUAUUAUUACAACAAAUUUACAUGUGCUUCUACAAAUACACUAAUCGCAUGAAUUCGCAUAUGCAGUCUCCUGGCUUCCAUUAUAGCUAUUCAAGGAAAAGAAACACUUUAUUGGUUCCUUUUAACGUACAUCUAUAUACAUGAGUUCGUGUUUAGCUUGACUUGCAUUAAGCGAAGUAAUGUAAAACAGCAACUUCUCUUUUCGUACAGAAGCUUUUUUUAAUGAUUGCUUAACUAUGCGCGUAUGAAUCUGUUUUCAAAUCUAUUAUUCUUCGCUUUUCUAUAAAAUACUGAUAGUAAUAAUAUCAUUAUUAAAAUAAAAAACUUCUACUUUAAAGAGGCACCUUUUUCUCAUGUAACUACACAUUGUACUUAUAAAUAUACAGGAACAUUUUUUAAUAAACUGUGACAUUAUUUUCACGAAUAGUGAUAACCUAUUUUUAACCAAAUAUAUUGAAAUGAUUGUAUUAUUAAUUUUCUAUUAUUUGUU